UCACCUGUGAUUAUUACGGAAUUGAUUUUGAGGUUAUAAUAUUAUUGUGGAGUCUUAAAAAUUAUAAUAAGACGUCGAUAAAUAAAUAAAACAAUGGCUUUUAUGCCGUUAAGAUUGCCGCUGUUGCGGAUGAUCACGCAAAGGGGCUCAUACUCAACCCUGCUGCAAAGAUCGAUGGCAUAUAAGAGUGCAAUUUCUUUGGAAACUCUUUACCCAAAUAGUUCUUUAAAACUCACAACACCAUCAUUCACGCCAAAUGAGAACGAAAAGUUUUCUGGUUACAUCCCCAUAGAAAAAUUGGAUAUCACUUACAGCGCAAGUUCAGGACCUGGUGGGCAAAAUGUCAAUAAGGUGCACACAAAAGUGGAUCUCAGGUUCAAACUGAGUGAGGCUGAAUGGAUACCCGCUGAUAUAAGAGAAAAAAUGUUGGAACAGCACAGCAAGAAAUUAACAAAGGAAGGUUUCAUGAUCGUCCGCUCCGACACAACUCGCUCGCAGCAGCUGAAUCUGGCAGACUGUCUGCAGAAACUCAGGACAUUGAUACGGAAUGCUGCUGUUAAGGAGAAGAAAGCUUCGCCAGAGACGGAAGAGAGGAUUAGGCAAAGACAUUUAAAGGCAUCUCGGCUGCGAGUGGCUCUGAAGCGCGAGGAGGCCUACAAGCGCGCGGAGAGGCGGCCGCCCACCGUCAUGGAUUUAUGAUUUUUCCAUUAAAUUGGGCAUGCUAUUGAAAUGUUAAAUGGCAACAUUGCAUUGAUUUGUGUAGAUUAAAAAUGUGUGACAUGUACAAUGGAUUAUGGAUAUGUAAUGAUGGUAUAUCAUCUCAUUGGUAUACUCAGUACAUAAAAAUUACAUGAUGUAGUUUGGAUUUAGCUUAUAAAUAUUACAUGAUAUUACCUACAAUUUACAAUAAUCAAUAUAAAUAUCUUUCAUUUUAUUCUCGAACUAUGCUAAGACUAACUAUACUAGAUUCCAAACCUAAGAGCUGUUCUCAAAUUAGAAAAAUCUGUCAAACAUGAAUGUAGGUAAGAAAUGUAUGCAAUGUUGUUGUUUUAACGAAGUCUCAUUUAAUCUAUAAUAUGAUGCGGACAAAUUAAACAUAAUAUAAUAUUGUAGUUCCUUUAUCUAAAUACAAUGUAGCGAGUAAACAUAUAUUUAAGUAUUUGUCCUCAAUCAGUAUUAAAGAAAAUGAUGACACAUGCCCAAUUUAAUGUGAAAACCACUAAAAUAUAUAUUGAUAAUGAUAAAUAAUAUGUUGUAUUAGAUUAAGCUACUAGAAAAUAAAAAUUUAGAAGUUUUCA